GCGCUCCACAAAAGUCCACCUAUAUGCUCACCCGCCUCUCCCCUCUCCUCCCAUCGCCCUCCGCCGCUCGGAUGGCGCGUGCCCUCCUACGCGCCGUCCCCGUUCUCCUCCACCCCUCAGCCGCCGUGUCCUCGCGCCGCCUGGGCUUCGACGCCCCUUCUUCGCUGCCGAAAUCGUCGCUAUUCGGCCGGCGAUUGCACGCGCUUUGUGGAGAGCACCGGAGGGCUCCGAGGCCUUGCUCGGGACGAGCAUGGGCUGCGCAGAGGCAGAAGAGGGACUAUCGGAAGCUCCCGAGGAGAAGACAGCUCAAGAGCAAGGAGAAGGAGUUGGAGCUCUGUGUUAGCAUUUGCAUCGAAGAAGAUUUGCCCGAUGAUCCUGAAAUUUUGAGCAUCGCAGAAAUGCUCCGUUUAAAUGCGCCAAUGGCGAUGAAGUUGGCAUUUGAUGGCUUGGUAGAUUCAACGCAUAAAACAAGAGAUAAUGCUAUAAGUGAUGUUGGUGGAUUUGAAAGUGUUGAGUUGUCUGUGCUUCUAUGCAAUGACGACUUCAUUUGCAAACUUAAUAAGGAGUGGAGGGACGAAGAUCAUGCUACUGAUGUUCUCUCAAUGUCUGAUCACAUGCCUGGUCUUAACCUUCCAAUUCUUAUGCUAGGUGACAUUGUAAUUUCUGUUGAGACAGCAGCAAGACAAGCAGAGGAAAGAGGGCACACUCUUCUUGACGAGAUACGAAUUCUCAUGGUACAUGGGUUGUUACAUCUUUUGGGAUUUGAUCAUGAGAUUAGUGAAGAGGCUGAAGUGGAAAUGGAGAAGGAGGAGGAACUUCUUUUAAAAAGUCUCGGGUGGAAAGGGAAAGGACUAAUUCAGAGUGCGUAUGAUGCCGAAACUAAUGCUAAAUCUCAUACGGAUAAUUCAGAUGACAGGAAGAAAGAAGGCAGCCUUCGGUUUUACAAACCAAAGUUCAGCUAUAUCUUCUGUGAUAUGGAUGGUACACUGCUAAACAGUAAAAGUCUAAUUAGUCCAACAAAUGCCAAGGCUUUGAAAGAGGCCUCAUCAAGGGGUGUGAAAGUUGUAAUUGCCACUGGAAAAACUCGUGCAGCUGUUAUAAGCAUUUUCAAGAUGGCAGAUUUAGCUGGGAAAGGUGGUAUUGUUUCAGAAGUUUCUCCAGGGGUUUUCAUACAGGGACUACUUGUUUAUGGCAGACAAGGCCGGGAAAUUUAUAGAAGGAAUUUGGAUCCAACUAUCUGUAGAGAGGCAUGCCUUUACUCCUGGGAGAAGAAAAUUCCUCUAGUUGCCUUCAGUGAGGGUCGUUGCUUAACUCUAUUUGAUCACCCGCUGGUAGAGUCACUGCACACUACAUAUCAUGAGCCAAAGGCAGAGAUAGUUUCUUCAGUGGAUCAGCUCUUGGCUGCUGCUGACAUACAGAAAGUGCUCUUCAUAGACAGUGCUGAGGGAGUGGAUACUAUUUUGCGCCCAUACUGGUCAGAGGCAACCGGAGAUCGUGCCAAUGUUGUUCAAGCUCAGGCAGACAUGCUCGAAAUCGUCCCUCCCGGAACCUCGAAAGGGAAUGGAGUGAAAAUGCUGCUUGAUCAUUUGGGAGUCUCUCCAAAGGAGAUAAUGGCCAUUGGCGAUGGGGAAAAUGAUGUCGAAAUGCUUGAGCUGGCUUCUUUAGGCGUUGCUCUUAGUAACGGAUCGGCGAAGACAAAAGCAGUGGCGGAUGUAAUUGGCAUCAGCAACGAUGAAGAUGGCGUAGCUGAUGCUAUCUUCCGGCAUGCAUUCUGAGCUUCAGUUGCUAGGAAGCAGGAUGAGACUUGAGAGUAGAAUACCUUAUACAAUUGAGGAGGCUGACUCUCCUAAAUAAUUUUGUUGAUUCUUUCUUCUCAAUUGAAUUGUUGGGCGAGCCCACCCAAAAAAAUUGAGAAGUUUCUUCAAUUUUCACAUUGAAAUCAUCUAUGUUUGUACAUGAUGAUGAAGUCGAUCUCCAUUUACAAAAUUUUAAGAAUGAUUAUUAACAACGGAGAAAGGGACAAAAGCUCGUCAGCGAUGUUUAUGAAUUAGCAUUUAUUACUGUUCCUUUUACAUAUUGGAAAAUCCCAAAUAAAGUAUCGGUUUACUUAUAUUAUUUAA